AUGCAAAUCGCUGAGAAGCGUCAGUUAGAAAAUAUAAAUACAUUGUACACAGCGACUCUUAAGCUGAAACAAAAAAUUCAAGAUUUAGUAAUCAAGCUAGAAACUCAAGGUGAUCGAUGUGACUGGCCAAGUUACCUGAGUACACUGGCGUUAUGUGCAUCAGAAUUAAGUGAAAUUCGUAAAGUACUCGAAUCAGAACGUUUUUCAAAUGAGCAUACUUUAGUACUUACACCAAUGGUAUUAAAUCCUGAACAAGAUGCAAAUUUAGCUAAAAUUACUGAAGAACGUCUUUCACUGUUCAAUCAUGAUACUGUACCUCAAUAUCUUCGAACUAAAUUAGAUCCGAAAGUAGAAAGUGAAUGUUCCUCUCAAGUUACACGAGCUUCUGGUAUACCAUCUGAACAAUUGAAUAAAUUAAUUAAUUUAACAAAUCGUGCAAUUGAUUGUAGCCUAAAAGAAGUUAAUUUAUUAAAACAAGAUCUUGAAGUGGAUUUCUCUGAUCGUCAAAAUAAAAUUACACCAAAUCUAGAUGAUUUAACUACAUUUAUAAAUAUAAUUUCUGGUAAAAAAGGUUUAAAUAUUUCUAGUUUAUGA